GCGCACCGAUGAGUCCAACCUCUCCACGCUCCGGAGCGCAAAGAAAGAUGUUUCUCUAAUCUUGAGGCUUCACAGACGUCUGUUUAAGGUUACUGACAAGACUUCAAUCAUCAGCAUAAUCUUCUAUCCGCAGAAAGCAUCUUCAGGCGCCGAUGUAUCGAUGAAUUUCUACGGGAAACUAACAAACGUCCUCCUGCUGGUGCUCCUCGCAGCGCAAGGCUGUUUUUCAUCUAAAGGGGAGGACAGAUUAUUUCGGAGGUUGUUCAGGAGGUACAACCAGUUCAUCCGGCCAGUGGAGAAUGUAUCUGAUCCAGUCACAGUGGAGUUUGAGGUCUCCAUAUCUCAGCUAGUCAAAGUGGAUGAGGUAAAUCAGAUUAUGGAAACCAAUUUGUGGCUGAGACAUGUCUGGAACGACUACAAACUGAAAUGGGCCCCUGUUGAGUACGAUGGGAUUGAGUUCAUACGAGUUCCAUCCAAUAAAAUUUGGAGGCCAGACAUCGUUUUGUACAACAAUGCUGUAGGUGACUUCCUCGUGGAAGACAAGACCAAGGCUCUGUUGAAGUUUGAUGGCACCAUCACCUGGGUUCCACCGGCUAUUUUCAAAUCCUCCUGCCCCAUGGACAUCACCUACUUCCCCUUUGACUACCAGAACUGCUCUAUGAAGUUUGGCUCCUGGACCUACGACAAGGCCAAGAUCGACCUGGUGCUCAUUGGCUCAAAGGUGAACCUUAAAGACUUCUGGGAAAGUGGAGAGUGGGAGAUCAUCGAUGCACCAGGAUACAAGCAUGACAUCAAGUACAACUGCUGCGAGGAGAUCUACCCGGACAUCACCUACUCCUUCUACAUCCGCCGCCUGCCUCUCUUUUACACCAUCAACCUCAUCAUCCCCUGCCUCCUCAUCUCCUUCCUAACAGUGCUGGUCUUCUACCUCCCGUCUGACUGUGGCGAGAAGGUCACCCUGUGUAUCUCCGUCCUUCUCUCCCUCACUGUGUUCCUCCUGGUCAUCACUGAGACCAUCCCUUCGACGUCACUUGUCAUCCCUCUAAUCGGCGAGUACCUCCUCUUCACCAUGAUUUUUGUCACGCUCAGCAUCGUCAUCACCGUCUUUGUGUUGAAUGUCCACUAUCGCACCCCGAUGACUCACACUAUGCCAGAGUGGGUGAGGGCUGUGUUCCUUGGGGUGCUGCCCAGGGUAAUGCUGAUGAGGAGGCCUAUCGACCAGGGCUGCUCCUCCCCUGCCAGUAUUACAGGAGGGACGGGAGUAGGAGGGAGCAGUGGGGGGAACAAGAAGAGAAAGAACAGCAUAGGAGGAGGAAGUGGCUCAGGGAGCGUAAGCGUUGGGGGUAUAACUGGGGGUGUAGCGUGUCCACCACUGGAUGGUGGUGCAGGAGGAGGGGGGGCCGCCUCAGCUGGCGGCUCCAUGAACUGUGUGGAGUACGGUGAGAUGAACCGUGACAUGAACCGGGAUAUGAACAGGAGGUGCCCCUACAGAGGCAAGGAAGUACCGACUCCUGUUCCUCCUCCAAUAGUGCCACCCCCUCCUCCCCAGGCACCCCAGACCCAGGGGCCCCAGGAGUCAGAGCUGCCCAAGGUGCCGAGGCCCAUGAACGCCCCCUCACCUGUCAACGCUGUCGUUGCCUUCUCCGUGGUGUCACCAGAAAUCAAGCAGGCCAUAGAGAGCGUGAAGUACAUCGCAGAGAACAUGAGGACGCGUAACAAAGCCAAAGAGGUGGAGGAUGACUGGAAGUACGUAGCCAUGGUAAUCGACAGGAUCUUCCUGUGGGUUUUUGUGACAGUGUGUGUGCUGGGAACACUGGGACUCUUCCUCCAGCCACUCAUCAGCUUCUUUAACUAAGAUACUUGUCUUUGUCUUGUCUCUUUCUCUCCCCUUUUGUCUACUUCUGUCUGUCUCUGUACCCCGCUUGAAUUAUGUUGGGAAUUAAUCCUCCUGCAGCUCUUUCACAUCAAACACUGUGCUGUCUUCUUUCUCCUUUUCUGACUCUUUGUCUCUCUUCUUUCUGUCUCAUGCUCUUCUCUGGGACUCUCUAUCAUCUGCCAUCACGUCUAGCCCUCAGCUGUCUAUUUCCUCACAUGACUUAGCCUCAUUUCCCCAUUUCUCCUUUGCCUUGCCCUCUCAAUGUGCACACAAUCCAGUCUCCUCCUCCCCAUCACUGUUUCUUCUGACAUGAUUAUCACAUCUGCUCUCUUUCCUUUUCUCAGUUUUUCUUCUCUCCAUGUUUUGACCUGUUGUACAGCUUAUCUCUUCACACCCAUCUUGUGUUUUCGCAUUGUAUCCAUUCCUCUCUGCAUUUCUAUUCUGUGUGUCUUACUAAAAUUGGCCACUCAGUCAUUGUUAUUAUAUAGUCUAAUACAAUGUUAACAGCGUCAAGUAAUUAUAGAAGAACCCCUUAAGAUUCAAAUCACUGAGAAAGAAGAAACUGAAUACCUUUGUGUGUUUUGUUGUAGCACUUUGUCACUGUAAGCCAGUGCAAUAAAGACAAUACACUUGCCCCCCUUUAAUUUAUAAUUAAGUUAAAUUCUUCAGUAUUUUCUGACAACUGGUGAUGAUAUGUAUGAUGUAGUGAUGUAAAGGUAUUUUGAUGGCUGCCACUUUCUCUUCAAUCUUCUGUGUUUUCCUGUACAUACAUUUGUAAAAUAUAAGUGAGUUAUGCAUGGCUUCUGAGAAGGACACUGGCUCUGGCUGUACACACAUGAUGUUUUUUCCACGUGUUCACACUAGUAUUAUGCAUUGCACAUGAAAUCACAACUUCACUGCCAACUUACAAUGUAAAUGUAUGUCUUUGAAUUGCACAAUGUAGAUUAAAAACUCAAAUCAUUUCUAAAAAUAAAGAAAGUCCUGUAUUUAA